GAUCGUCCUGGUUAAUGAAUGAUUGCAAUUUGUCUUGCAAAAUUGUGAAAAACUGCAAAAUUAUAGGUUUAAAUAGGGCUAAAAUAAACAAAUUCUGUCCGAGGUCUGUAUGAUAAAAAAAAGGGCCUCAUAGUACGGUUUUGAAUUUUGAACGCGGAGAGGCAGGUUUUCACGUAAGUAAUUUAACUGAGCCCGGCUUUUGAAAACCGCAAACGUGAAGUCAAAGCCUGGUGACGUGGUCUCUCGCCACAUGCAGUUAGGGAUGCACCAUUAGAAAUGUGAAGGGGGGGGUAGGACUUUCUGGAAAGGCAUGUUAUUUUUUUCACAACCAGCAGGAGUGCAGGAUUUUUUUUUCAACCUUCAAACCCUUGCACGAUUUUUUUUUUCCAAAAUGACUAUGCCCUCUUUUGGUCUUGUUUUACUAGACUGUUUCAACCGCGCAAAUGUUUUUUGUUGUAGUGUUCCAACAGAACACGUUUGUUUUAAGUAUAUUUUUUUCAUACUAAUUGAGAUUUUCUAUUGAAAUUUGGCGUGUGAAAACCCUGUUCAGGGUUCGCAGCCAAUCAGAAUGGCGAAACGACUUUCACACACGUGAAAAAAAGCGUUUCGUCCAGUCACAGAUGUUUAGUACAUAAUGUAAUAGGACACCUAAACACGUGCAGUGUUAGACAUGGACUUUUUUCGCAUUGUAUGUCAGAUAAAUCUCUCUCGCUUUCUGGAUCUCACUCGCAAAGCCUUGCUCGUUCAAUUUCUGAUGCGAACCAACUCGUGCGUAAAUACCGUACGCCCGCGCUGCCCAUGAAGUAAUCUAUACGUUCAAACGUCCGAACUGAGUUCAGUGGCAGUUGAAACAGCUACACAAGCAGAUCAAACGGUGUUUUACCCAAAGUAAAGUAUUGCGAAGAAAGAGGAAGAAGAAUGCUCUAAAGGAAAAUAAAGAAAAACAAAAGAAGAAAUUUCAAGCAGGCGAGGACUGGAACACAGAGAAAGAACCUGAGGGAAGACAAGAAACAGAGAAACAGAAAGAAGGAAAGCAAGCAUCUCAGUCCUUAUCAUGCAAGGACUGGAACACAGAGAAAGAACCUGAGGGAAGACAAGAGACAGAAAAACAGAAAGAAAAGGAAGAAGAAGAAGAAGAAGAAGAAGAAGAAGAAGAAGAAGAAGAAGAAGAAGAAGAAGAAGAAGAAAAAGAA